AACCCGCCAUUGGCAAACCCUUAUGGUCAUCUCAUUGGUUGCAAAAAUUCUGUGGCAAACGCUCAGCUCAACUCGGAUACCACAAUCGAUUUGAAUCGGAUACCUAUUCAGGUGUUGUUGAAUAGAGUAGUCCUUUGUCCUUUGCUCGCAUACUUUCGUGAAGUGGACCGAGCUGUGUGCAAUCACUUCCUAUAUGAACUGCAUCUUAUGGAUCAUUUCCAUUGCCUGCGACAGUUAUACUUCCUAGAACACGGAGAAUUCUCGCAGUCGUUGUUGGACGAGUUAUUCGCCAAAGCUGAUGGUCCUUUAUCGAGAAGAUCCGAUGUAUACAACUCCGGGUUUCUGCGUGACUUGAUGCAAAGCGUCUUGCGCAAGUUUACCCGUCAAGUGCACAAUAAGUCCUCAGACUCCGAUGAAGAUUUUACUCUGAAUCACAUGUGGGAGGAUCAUUCCCGGACUUGUUUCUCUAUAGUUUGUCCAAUAGACUUUCUGGCGGUGUCGGGUACAAACGUGGACGAAGACAGCGUGGUCGAUCCACGACGCGCACCGGCUUUUGACCAUUUGUCCGUGCGAUAUUUGGCCCCAUGGCCCAUAAAUAUUAUCCUCCACCAGACGGUGUUACGCAAAUAUAAUCGUGUAUUUUGUCAAUUGGUCCGUGUCAGGUUUGCCAUUUGGUCUUUGAACUCCUGCUACCAUCAGUUGCGAGGACGGCGCGUACUCGGGUCGACACCAAAUGAUCCCCGACGACCCGCCCUUCCAGUCGGACAAUCUGAUUUUCAGUUUCAUCAAACAAGUGUGUGGUUACAUGAAAUGAAUCAAGUCGUUCGGGGUAUAGAAACCUAUCUGGUAAAUCAGGCGGUCAAAGCGAGCUGGUCUAAAUUCGUCAAACGGUUAACUGGUUCUAACCCGGAGAAUUUCGAACUGUCCAGUCAGAAUACAGUUGUAACAAAUUUGGAUCAACUGAUUCAAGUCCACGAGGCCUAUGUGGAGGAAGUUGUACGCGGUUGUCUCUUGGAUCCAUCCAACGAGGAAAUCCAGCAGGUGAUUUGCGGUCUCUUGUCCUGUGUGCAUUGGUUCUACAAGGUGCUAUCCACCAGCUCCUGGUUAGACCGGGCCAGUCCAACUACCGGUCAGUUAAACCAGGUCGGUUGGACUCAGCUUCAAGCUGCACAUGCAAGUUUUGUCCAACACGCCCGGUUUUUACGACGCCGGGCCGGUCGCAUGCUAUCCACUAGCCGUGCGGACUCGAACCAAUCCUGUUUAAGUCAAUUGAUACUUGCCUUAGGAAUCAAUGAUUUCUACGUGCACACGACACAAAUGAGUAAUUUAAAGUCGAUCGAGACGAGUUGCUUGUCCGGUUGA